GACCACUUCCGUUCUUUUUUUAGAUAAUCACAACAAACAUGGCGACUUACAGACAGGUCGGCAGGUUGUUCGGGAUUUCAGCGAGACUGGCGCGUCCCCUUGCUGGCAGUGGAUAUCAGAGCGCCGGAUUACACUGGCCUUCACAUAACACAGGAGUUUCAAACAGAUGGCCACAAAACCCCCAUUGGGUUGUUCCUGGAAGGACCAUGUUUGUGCAGACACAGGACACACCAAAUCCAAACAGCCUAAAGUUUCUGCCAGGUCGUACAGUUCUUGAAUCAGGAACCAUGAAUUUUGCCGGACCCCGUGACGCGCACUGCUCUCCCUUAGCCAGACAGCUAUUUAGAAUUGAUGGAGUAACGAGUGUGUUCCUGGGCCCUGACUUUAUCACCAUAUCAAAGACUGAUGCCAAUAUGGAAUGGAAAGUAAUCAAGCCCGAUGUAUUUGCUGCCAUUAUGGACUUUUUCACUUCUGGACUUCCAGUUGUGAAUGAUGAUAGCACACCUAAUGCGGACACAGCACCAUCAGAUGACGAUGAUGAAGUAGUUGCUAUGAUCAAAGAACUGCUGGAUACUCGAAUAAGGCCAACAGUCCAGGAGGAUGGAGGCGAUGUUCUGUAUCGGGGAUUUGAAGACGGCAUCGUUAAACUGAAACUGCAGGGCUCCUGCACCAGUUGUCCCAGUUCCAUUAUUACUUUAAAGAGUGGAAUCCAGAACAUGCUGCAGUUUUACGUCCCUGAAGUUGAAUCAGUGGAGCAGGUGAAGGACGAGGAAGAGGAGGCGGCUCAAGUUUGAACUAUACUGAAACCAGAACCACGUUGUCACAUUCCUCCCUUCCCCCGGACACUUCCUGUUAUCCCAGCCAUAGAUGCAAUAAAAUGAUGUGGUGUAUAGCAUACCUGUGUCAGAGAGCUCAACGUGAUCAUUAUUCAACUGUUAUCAUAGAUUUUUUUUGUGUAUAUUAUGUACUAUGGCAGUAUUUAAAGAAUUGGGACUAAAGAGCCCGGUCGUAGAAACUCAUGACUGCAGAGCUGAAAUAAAAUGUAUUUAUUAUUUCACAUUGUUACACCUUUACUAAAUCAGUCGCUUGUUAAUACAUAUACUACAUGUAUAUAAAUAAAGUUUAUUAAAGUAUUUUAUGAAUGCUG